CACGCAUAUUCCUGCAAUUACUGUCGCUAGUGCCACCUCCACUAGAUGCAAGAGAGACCAAAAUGGCGGAGAAAUCAGAGGCGGAGAAAAAUCAAGAGAACGUCGUCGGAGCAGGAAACCCAAUAGUGGAAGGGAAUCCAGAGCCGCAAAAAGGACUGACUUCAAAACUCAUCGACUACCUGGAAAAGCUGAUUGUGAACUUAAUGCAUGAUACCUCUCAAUCUCACCAUUAUCUCUCUGGUAACUUCGCUCCGGUUCUCGACGAAACUGCUCCCGUUAAGGACCUCCCUGUCAAAGGGCACCUCCCAGAAUGCAUGAAUGGGGAGUUUGUGCGGGUGGGUCCUAACCCGAAGUUUGCACCUGUGGCUGGAUACCAUUGGUUUGAUGGAGACGGAAUGAUUCAUGGCAUGCGUAUUAAAGAUGGAAAGGCAGCAUAUGUCCGUCGAUUUGUAAGGACAUCACGACUUAAACAAGAAGAGUUUUUCGGAGGUGCCAAGUUUAUGAAGAUUGGAGACCUCAAGGGGCUGUUUGGAUUACUUAUGGUUAAUAUGCAAAUACUUCGACUGAAAUCAAAAGUAUUGGACAACUCAUAUGGAAUUGGGACCGGCAAUACAAAUCUCAUUUAUCACAAUGGAAAACUUUUAGCACUUCAAGAGGCUGAUAAACCCUAUGUAGUUAAAGUUAUGGAAGAUGGAGACCUGCAAACUCUUGGCCUGCUGGAUUACGACAAAAGACUAAAACAUUCUUUCACUGCUCAUCCAAAGGUGGAUCCAUUCACUGGAGAGAUGUUUACCUUUGGGUAUUCACAUGAACCACCAUAUGUGACAUACAGAGUCAUUUCAAAGGAUGGUGUCAUGCAUGACCCUGUACCAAUAACAAUAUCAGACCCCAUCAUGAUGCAUGACUUUGCAAUUACAGAGAACUAUGCAGUUUUUUUGGAUCUUCCUCUGUACUUCCGACCAAAGGAAAUGGUGAAAGAUAAGAAGUUCAUAUUCACAUUUGAUGCAACAAAAAAAGCUCGUUUUGGUGUCCUUCCACGAUAUGCUAAGGAUGACCUCCUAAUCAAAUGGUUUGAACUUCCAAAUUGCUUCAUAUUCCACAAUGCCAAUGCCUGGGAGGAGGACGACGAAAUUGUUUUAAUCACUUGCCGCCUUCAAAAUCCAGAUUUGGACAUGGUUAACGGGGCUGUCAAAGAAAAGCUCGAGAAUUUCACAAAUGAACUGUAUGAGAUGAGAUUCAAUAUGAAAACUGGUGUAGCUUCACAAAAGAAACUAUCAGAAUCUGCUGUUGAUUUUCCCAGGGUGAAUGAGAGUUACACUGGCAGGAAACAAAGAUAUGUGUACGGAACCCUUCUGGACAGCAUUGCAAAGGUCACAGGGAUUGUCAAAAUGGAAAUAGCAUAUACAAUUUCAGGAUCAAGAGUUCUUGUAUUUAUUUUCCGUCCUGGUAGAUUUGGUUCAGAGGCUGUCUUUAUCCCUCGUGAGCCAGGCACCACUUCCGAGGAAGAUGAUGGCUACCUGAUAUUCUUUGCACAUGAUGAAAAUACUGGAAAAUCAUCAGUGAAUGUAAUUGAUGCAAAAACAAUGUCAGCCAAUCCUGUUGCAGUUGUUGAGUUACCACACAGAGUUCCGUAUGGGUUCCAUGCCUUCUUUGUUUCAGAGGAACAACUUCAAGAACAGGCACAACUGUAAUUGCGCAGCUGAGUGUCUAGACAACCAUUUCGGCAUGAGAUGGCUGACCAUCUGUCAAACGGAGAACCGGAAGCAAAGUAAUUUGCAUUAGUCGUUACCUCUUACGCUGCAGUUUAUUCCUGUAUUCACUGCAAACCUUUAAACUAUAAAAGCGAAAUAAGAAUAAUUCUGCACUCUCACAUUCUGAUACAACAAUUACAGAAACACGAGUGCAAAUACAAUCCA